AUGGCGAUGGCGAGGAGGAGGGCCCUCGCGCUCGUGUCCCAGCUCCUCCAGAGGCGGGUUCUCCCCGCGCCGCGCUUCCUCUCGUCGGCGGCCGGCGGCGCUCUAGACCGCCUCAAUUCGCCGCCCUUCGCACGCCCGGCCGCGCCCAGGAAUCCCGCUUCCCCUUCCCCAUGGGAUCGGCUCGGAGGGCAGAAGAGGACCAUGUUCAUCCAGACGCAGUCGACCCCCAACCCGCAGUCGCUCAUGUUCCAUCCUGGAAAGCCGGUUAUGGAAGUUGGGAGCUCUGAUUUCCCUAAUGCUCGGACUGCGAUGACAUCACCUUUGGCGAAGGCACUGUUUGCGAUCGAAGGAGUUACAAGAGUAUUCUUUGGAUCUGAUUUUGUAACUGUGACAAAAUCUGAUGAGACUUCAUGGGACUAUCUUAAGCCUGAGGUCUUUGCUGCGAUAAUGGAUUUCUACUCAUCUGGACAGCCACUUUUCCUGGACUCAAAUACCGCAGCUGCUAUGGACACAGCAAUUCAUGAGGAUGAUUCAGAAAUAGUUGCUAUGAUAAAAGAACUGUUGGAGACCCGUAUUCGUCCGGCUGUUCAAGAUGAUGGUGGUGACAUUGAAUACCGAGGAUUUGAGCCAGAAACAGGAAUAGUGAAGCUAAAAAUGCAAGGUGCCUGCAGUGGCUGCCCGAGUUCAUCAGUCACGUUGAAAUCUGGCAUAGAGAACAUGCUCAUGCACUAUGUGCCCGAGGUGAAAGGAGUGGAGCAGGAGUUUGAUGGUGAUGAGGAAGCUGAACUGGCUGGCCAGAUGGAAUGA